CUCUCUCUAGCAGUGAUUCACCGUUUUGUUCUACGCGAAUAACAUAAAUAAUAUCUCUUUUUCUUUAUCUCUCUAUGUAAAGACAAAACCAUAACCGUCUAUUUGUCUCCUCAUUUUCUAUUUCCCCUAAAUCUUCGCCUUCACCACUUCUCCAAUCAUGCUUCAACCCUAAAACCAGAUCUACCCCCAAAUCAACUCUCUUUCCGAUCUUUAACACCAUGUCUUCACUUCGUUCAGAUCAACCUUCCAAUCUCAAUCCCAAUCCCAAUCGGAUCUACCCCGAACCCUAUUUCCCCCAAAUCGAUCAUUUCGAUCGAAUCCCUGAUUCUCUUCUUCUCUUAGUUUUCAACAAGAUCGGUGAUGUUAAAGCCUUGGGGAGAUGCUGCGUCGUUUCGCGCCGUUUUCACUCUUUAGUUCCUCAGGUUGAAAACGUUGUUGUUCGCGUUGAUUGUGUUAUUUCUGAUGAUGAUUCCAAUUCUUCGUCGGCUUCUUCUGAUAAAUCUCGUGGCCCGUUUUGGAAUCUUCUGAGGUUGGUUUUUGGUGGGAUUGCUAAGCCGAUUCAAACACUUGGUCAGUUUCUGGGUCCGAAGAGAGGUUCCGGUUCCAAUUCCGGGAAUUCGUCUUCUUCGUCGUCUUCGCCGCUUGCUGUUGGAAGUGAGGAUGAUGGAGAUGGCGGUGUUACACAUCACUCGCCUACUCAGGUUUUGAAGAAUUUUAAUGAGAUUCGGUUGCUUCGGAUCGAGCUUCCCAGUGGGGAAUUAGGGAUAGAGGAUGGGGUUUUGUUGAAGUGGAGAGCUGAUUUUGGAUCGACUCUUGAUAAUUGUGUAAUUCUAGGGGCUUCCUCUGUUUUUCACCCUAAAUCUCAAGAUGGUGGUGUUGUUGAUGCAUCUUGUGGUGGUGGUGGAAAUAACAAUGGUGGUGGUGGUGAUGAUAAUGGAAGUAUACCUGAUUCGUUUUAUACAAACGGUGGUUUGAAAUUGAGGGUAGUUUGGACGAUUAGUUCGUUGAUUGCUGCAUCUGCAAGGCAUUACUUGUUGCAACCGAUUAUUUCGGAGCAUAAGACUUUGGAUAAUUUGGUGUUGACUGAUGCAGAUGGGCAAGGUGUGUUGUAUAUGAACAGAGAUCAACUUGAAGAGUUGAGGGUGAAGCCGCUUUCGGCUUCUUCUGCUUCAAAGAGGACUCUUGUGCCUGCUUUGAAUAUGAGGCUUUGGUAUGCACCUCAUUUGGAGUUGCCUGAUGGGGUUGUUUUGAAAGGAGCUACUCUUGUUGCUAUCAGGCCUAGUGAGAUGUCACCUACAACUGCUAAGAAGGAAGGAUCUGAUCUGUCUUGGGUUUCUACUGCUUUCGAAGAGCCUUAUAGGUCUGCUGCUACAAUGCUUAUUAAGAGGAGGACUUAUUGCCUUGAGAUGAAUUCCUUUUGAUGCUUUUUGCUCCCAUCUAAGGAAAUGUAGAAUCAUUUGAUAAUGGGGAACAUGAAGUUCCUAAUAUAGGAAGAAUCAGAAAACACAUUUUGUUUGGAAGCAACAACCCGGCCACCUGAAUCUUGCUCUUUCAAGCGUCUGGUCACCUGCGGCCCCAUAUGAGUAGUAGUUAUUAUUAUUUAAAGAGCUGCAAAUCAUUUACCCAUAUUGCUUGAACUGAGAAACCGAAGCAUCUGCUGGUUUUUAAAAGUUUGUGGCAAUACUUUUAUAAGAGACCUGCAACUAGACUGAUCUUGUAAGAUGUUUGAGUUUGUAGUCAUAUACCCUUUUCAGGUCUCCAUCAUCUGUGAAUAUUCUAGGUUAUUUAUCAGUUUGGUUUGCCUUUGUGAUAUAUUUUUCUCGAGUUAAAUGAGCAAUGUACUUUUGCUUCUGUAAUUUUAAAUAACUUCUGGAUGAGUCAAUCAUACCAUGCAAUACUAGUUCUUGCACUUGUUUUUUCUUGGGCUCAUCUUUGUCAUAUUUUGUAACUCCUACUGAGGGAAUUUGUAAACAGUUCAAUAAAUCAUGAUUCAAGCCAA